UACUCCAACGCAACCCAAUCCCUGGGCUCCAGCUCCGGAUAAGUACUGCGAGGGCAUGGUCAUCUCAUGGGAUAUUCUUUUUGCCUUGUCAUUUUUUUUUCUUUCUAGAUUUGUCAUUUUUCUCUCGUGUUUCCCCUGUUAGCUGUUACACGCACGCCCACGACUACUCUGGAGAGGCUGACAGCAAGCGUUAAUCCGAAAGGAGUGAUCCCGGAAGUGAAAGUGAUCCAGUCUGUGUCGGGCUGAAAUAUAGCAGGUCGCGGAGGAUUCUGGCUACAGUAAGGAAAGCUGUCGUACUUGAUUUUAUUUUUUAGGGUCUCAACUGAAAGGAAAGCACCUGAUUGCAGAAUUGAGAAUGGAAAGUACUGAGCUCUGAACAAUAAAACUGCAUUCUAGUAUUAGCUCUGACUGUCUGGCUGAAUGCUGAGAUGAGUCGUCACCUGUGUGCUUGGCUUUUUAGACAUUCAUCUCAUAAUGGUCCCCACCAGUGCCAUAUCCACCCCCAGUCUCGUCAGUUUACACAGAGACAUCUUGAUACAAGGCUGUGGGUUUUUAGACAAAACAGGCAACCCCCUCUCCGUCAUCUGUUAGAUAAGAAUUGUCCCAGGAGAUACUGUCUUCAGGACACCAGGAUGCUGUGGAAGCAUAAAGCACUACAGAAAUACAUGGAGGGCCUGAGUAAGGAGUACCGUACACUUGAUCAGAGUUUGCAGCGGGUGUCUGUGAACGACGGAGAUCGGAGGGCCUGGACUAGAAGGCACGCCGAGUUGGCACCACUCACAACCAUUUACCAAGAAAUUCAGGAGGCUGAGCAAGCAAUCGAAGAAUUAGAUUCAAUGUGUAAAAGUCUAAAUCAAGAAGAUGAAAAGCAGUUACAAGAACUUGCUUUGGAAGAGAGGCAAACCAUUGCUCAAAAAAUCAAAAUGUUAUACAGCGAGCUUUUCCAGAGUCUAGUGCCAAAGGAGAAAUAUGACAAAAAUGAUGUUAUUUUAGAGGUAACAUCUGGAAGAACUACUGGAGGCGAUAUCUGCCAGCAGUUUACCCGGGAAAUAUUUGAUAUGUACCAGAAUUAUUCAAGCUAUAAAAACUGGAAAUUUGAACUUCUGAAUUAUACACCAGCUGAUUAUGGUGGGCUACAUCACGCAGCCGCCCGAAUUUCUGGUAACGCUGUCUAUAGGCAUUUGAAGUAUGAAGGUGGGAUUCACCGAGUUCAGCGAAUCCCCGAGGUGGGCCUGUCAGCACGAAUGCAGCGCAUCCACACGGGAACCAUGUCGGUCAUCGUCCUCCCUCAGCCAGAUGAGGUAGAUGUGAAAAUAGACCCCAAAGAUUUGCGAAUAGAUACAUUUCGAGCCAAAGGAGCAGGAGGGCAGCAUGUUAAUACAACUGAUAGUGCUGUCAGACUCGUCCAUGUCCCCACAGGACUUGUAGUAGAAUGUCAACAAGAACGAUCACAGAUAAAAAAUAAGGAAAUAGCUUUGCGUGUGUUGAGAGCUAGACUCUACCAACAGAUUAUUGAGAAAGACAAAUGUCAGCAACAAAGUACUAGAAAACUGCAGGUGGGAACAAGAGCCCAGUCAGAGAGAAUUCGGACAUAUAAUUUCACCCAGGAUAGAGUCACUGACCACAGGAUAGCAUAUGAAGUUCGUGAUAUUAAGGAAUUUUUAUGUGGGGAGAAGUGUCUGGAUCAGCUAAUUCAAAGACUACUUCAUUCAGCAGACGAAGAAGCCAUUACUGAAUUUUUGGAUGAAAACCUUAAAUCAACAAAAUAAAUGCUGAUUUAUUAUUUAUAGUUCUAUAACUGAAACAGACCUGUCUCAGGAAGCAGCUGUUCAUACAGUGCAACCAAAAUUACACAGUACGUACAAAUAUAUUUUUUAAUGAAUUAAGUCACAUUUCUUGACCUAAGAAUAUAUAAAGUACAGUCCAGCUCUCCAAAUAGAAAACAACCAUGCAAUGAACAUUACAGAAAACAAAAACAAAAUAAUAGGCAUAUAUUACUGAAAAGAGAAAUAAAGUAUUGAGAAUUGAUUAUGUGA